AUGGAACGCACCUUCGAAAAUCCUUACUCCCAUCCGCAAAACAAUCACCAGCGUCAUAAUCACCCCCUCAUAUGUACCUCCACCCGCCCGUUCCGCAUCCAAUUCUACUCCCAUUACCGCCAGCAGAGGCGGAGGACGGAGAGGGAGAAGCUUCUGAAGACGUUCACGAUGGAUGUAGAAAGUGAGGGGGCCCGGUUCUACACCUACGACGAAGCUGAUCAGGACGUGUUCGACGGUGUCGGCGAGUACUGUAUCGGAGAUGAAAGGGAGGAGCGGCCCUGUAAUGGUUGUCCAACACUUCCGAAGGAGCUGUGGCAGGAAUCAUGUGGAGUAGGCCCCAUGACCGAGACUAGUACGAUUCUGCUUGUAUUGCAGCUCGGGGACUUCAUAGGCUUGAUUGCUGGGAACACACCGUUUGAGGUCAAUUGUAAUUCUUCAGCACCUAUCACUGGUAACCUCUAUACCUCACUCACAUCUGCUCUCUUGCCCAACGACGAGACUAAGCAGUCCAUGUUGGACAAUAUGGUCAGGAAGGGAGAGGCGGCGGGUAGAGAUGCAUAUGUCGGGGGGUUUCUUUUUUCGCCCAGAGAUGUCGGCCCCGCGAAACUCAUCAUUUGUGUCGGUGGCCUCAAGUCCGACUUCAACACCGACAACUUCACAUACCCCACCCCAAACAGCGCACCAUCGAGCUCCACUCUGACCACACCCUCGCCAAGUACGCCAAGUACAACGCCAUCGGCAUGUAGCAGCUCGCCCCGAAAUUCGUUCCGUCUUGCCGUCUUCGCCUCCAAGUUGUCCGUCCCCCAGUUUGAGGCGAGGUUUCCCACUAAGGAUCCCCUCUGUGAGGAGACGACCAGCCAUGUGUGGAUGUGGCCGAGGAUAGGCCAGUUCUUCAGGGAGAAAGACGUGAUUGUGAGUGAGACGGGUACGUCUAGCUUUGGUGUUAUGGGCGUGCCGUCGCCCGAGGAUGCAAUCAAUGUCAGCCAAAUUCCCUGA